AUGUCGAAAUUAUUUGCAAUUGUUCUGGUAUUCGCCACAAUCUGCCUACUCUGGGCAACUGCCGCUCCCACACAGAUACUGGAUGCACAGACUGCUAUAAAUAAGAUAAUUGCUGCCUACAACCGCAUCCCGGGACCUUCGGUGGUUCAUCCCUGGGAGGUGGCCACGCUCAUCGAUCCCAACACUUUUGUGCCUCGCAAUUAUUUCUAG